AUGCAUUCUAGUAAUCUCUUAUAUGUGCCAUUGAGAAACACUCAAGCACUUGACUUGGGCAAAGAGCUAAGUAAUGCGAUAGCGCUCAAGUUUUUCCAGCCGGCUUCAUUAUUUGAGCAAGAUUUGAAUUAUUUAACAUCGUUACGAGAUAAAGUCACUGGAAUAAGUAAUGACGAUUCGAGUUUAUCGGCGUCAAUUGUUCAACUAGAGUCGUUCCAAUUAACCUUGUUUACAUACCUUAGCUGCUUAAAGGAGUUGGAUAAGAAGUUUUUCGACGGCUGCGUUGAUUUCACAUGGUUCCCCACGAUUUACAGCAAGAGACUGACACCAGUUACGCUGGAUUCUUUUCAAUACGAAGAGUUGAAUAUAAUAUUUCAAAUUGGGUGUAUUUACUCGUUAAUGGGAUUCGGACAAUCAAGACAUUUAGAUGAAGGACUUAAAAAAUCGUGUCAAUAUUUCCAACUAGCAGCUGGGUCUUUUACAAAAGUGCAACAACAAGUAGAUAGAAUAGUGCAAACACCGGUAGAAAAUAGACAGUUUGACCCGCCAUUAGAUUUUCAAAAGGAGACGAUACAGUGCUUGAGUAAUCUUAUGCUUGCGCAAGCACAAGAGACGGUAUGGCAAAAGGCCAUUAAUAACGACACCACCAAAGAUUCAAUCGUUGCUCGAUUGUCAUUUCAAACAUUUGUUUUUUACUCUGAAGCUUUCAGGCUUGGACAAUUAUCCAGCUUUAUCAGAUUAGAGUGGAUCAAUCAUAUCGCUAUAAAAAAAUUUCACUUCUUGGCUGCGGCUCAUCUCCGAAGUAGCAUCGCUUCUCUAAAUCUGUUCCAAUAUGGAGAGCAAGUGGCACAUUUGAGAAUUGCUCAACAAGCGAUAGAUAAAGCCGGAAAGUAUAAGCGAUACGUCAAUCAGUUUGUUCUUGAAGAUUUCCUGGGUCUAUCAGAAACCAUAGCCAUCAAAUUAAGAGUUGCUGAAAAGGACAAUGAUUUAAUAUAUUUGAGGAUAGUACCAAAAGAAUCAGAUUUGAAACCAAUCGUUGGUGUUUCCAUGGUCAAACCCAUAGAACUGGACAAAUUUGGAGACUUGUUGCCAUCAGCACGCAAUCCUCUAUUUGCUGACUUGAUACCUUAUGUGAUUAUUAACUAUGCUCAAGCCAUGAGAGAGAGACAAGAAGAUUUUGUGCAAAGCAAAAUAUAUGAUCCCUUACAAAGCUUAAAUCUCCUAAUGACAAAGUUCUUGGUUGAACGCGAUAUCGAAUCAAAUAUUGACUCUUUAGAACAACCAGAAAAUAUCCCUGAUUCCAUAAUUAACCACUCAAGAGAAAUAAUGGACCAUGGCGGAAUAAGUUCAAUUGAAUGGUCGUUUCUGGAGCUAAGCAAGUUAAAUAAGGAAUGCAGUCAUCUUGUUGUCGAGUGUCAGAAACGCAUAGACAUAUAUCGUCAAGAAGAUGAAAUGAUAAAACGCAUGCAUGGUCCAAGUGGAGACAUUAGGCCAAAUACAAGUAGUGACGCUUCAGAUAUUCUUAUUGCCAAAGUCGAUAAGAUGAGAGAGUACUUGAAACAAGCAGAACUUGGAGAUAAAACAAUUAUAGAAAAAUACAACGGCAUUGCACCUGUGUUGAAAGUAUUUGUUGGUGGAUAUUCUUCCUUGAAUAAGUUUAUUCCAAAUUCUAACUAUGCAAAGUUGGAUGAAAACUUGUCUCUUGUCAUUUCUGAACUCAGAGAUUGUGUAUCAAAGUGGGAAACAAUAAAGUCUGAUAGAUCUCAAUUUAUUAUAAGGGUAGAGAAAAAGAACAGGGAAAAUACGAUAUUGCCGAAACUUAUUGAGGAAUACAAGCAAAAUAAAGAGAGUCUUUACGACAGCGAGGGGCAAAUUAAAUCUACCAAUCUAGAGCUAAUCUAUGAAGCGCAUCUCAAGAUACUAGACCAAGAUCUUGCUUAUCUCCAGCAAACUAAGCAAGAUCAACAGCAACUCGAGCAUCAAAUAGAAGCGUUAAACAGUAAAUUUUUGGCACAUUAUCAUACCUCAGUAAGUUCAACUCAAUUGCAAAGACAACAGGCGUUACAGAGCUUAGAUGCGGCAUAUGUAAAGUAUCUAGAAAUCAUUUCCAACUUGGAAGAAGGCGUUAAAUUCUAUCACGAUUUUAUUAAUAAGGGAACAAGAUUGUUACACGAAUUGGAAGAGUACCUUGGCAAAAGACGAAUGGAGAGUAGAGAAUUGGAAAUGGCUUUAAGCAACCAUCAGCAAAGAAUAAAAGAGCAACAACAGAAAACCGCAUUGCUGUCUCAAGCAGCAGUUAGACAAGAAAUUGUUUCACCAAAAGGCCAAAAAACCAAUAUCUGGAAUCCAGAUUCAGGGAUAAAAUUUGACUGA